CGCAGUGUGGAGCCGUGUCACUGAACUGCAAAUGCAAAACUGGCUAGAGCUUAGUCCCAUAUCGAUGUAGACAUGUGUAGUGUUCUUUAGGGUUUUUAAACGAAUAAGAAAGUUAUUUUUCUUUUAUAAAGUGGUACCCGUGCUAAAUAUCUUUGAAAGACGCAACGGCGGAGUGUGACCUCACAACUUCAUGCCAACCCUGCACAAGCAAGCACGCGCCUUUGGAAACGAAUUAGGCAAACUUUGGCUAUCUGUCCAUGAAGAAUUUCUUCCAGACCACACGAAAUACUUUUAAGAAGUUUGGUUUUUGAAAGUGGAGGCCGCACAUCUUAACAACAGGUUGCAUGGUAAGGUGGAUUGAUGCAUGGCAUUUGCAUGACCCCAUUCAGCACCUUUGUGGGGUUUAAAGUGAUUGGCUGUGGCUAUGGCCCAAACCACGCACCUUAACGGCAGCCGUGCAGAAAAGGAUGAUGGUGACAAGGACCCUGCGGCCCCCUACUGUUUGGAAACCCCAUAUGGUUUUCAGAUAGACUUAGACUUUCUCAAAUAUGUUGAUGACAUAGAAAGGGGCAACACUAUCAAGAAGCUGAACAUUCAGAGAAAACCCAAAGUGACCAGGUCAGUGCCACCACCUCAGUCCGGUCAGGCUGAAUGGACUUCUACAGAUUCUCUGUCUUCAUCCAACAGUGAUGAAAGCAAGCAGUCUCCUUUGCAGUUCUUUGCAACUCGGAACCAGCUAGCCUCCCUGGGCCACAGUACACAAGUCAAUGCGGCCCCCCAGGCUUUUGUAAACAUUCUUGAGGUCAAGCAGCAGCAGCUGCCACCACCAUCACCACAUCUCCCUCGCCACAACCUCCAGGUGGAGAAAACACUAAUGGAGACUCGGAGGCGACUGGAACAGGAGCGGCUGCUUAUGCAGCCACCAGCAACUGAGCCACCCCGCCGGCGUCUUGCCAGUUUUGGUGGAAUGGGCUCCAGUAGCUCCUUGUCAUCCUAUGGUGGCUCUUAUGGGGCAAGCCAGAUUUCACCUAGUUCAAAUUCAAUUCAAUAUAAUGGACAUCUGGCCAAUGGUGAAUUCAAUCUUUAUUUAACAUCCUCCAUGGGCAGCUCAAUUCGUCACAGCCCACUGAGCUCAGGUAUGACCACACCGGUUACUAACAUUAGCCCCCUGCACCUUCAGAACAUUCGUGACCAGAUGCUGGUGGCUCUCAAACGACUUAAAGAGCUGGAGGAACAGGUGAAAACCAUUCCUAUUCUUCAAGUUAAGAUCUCUGUCUUGCAAGAGGAAAAGAGACAGUUGGUGUCACAGAUAAAGAACUCAAAACUACCUGGGCAGGGCCCAUCUGGGAGCUUUCGGAAAAGAUCCUACAGUGUAGGAAGUGCUGACCAGUAUGAGCCCGUGGCUCAGCUUCAGUCGGGUUCAGAAUUGCACAUUGUUGAGUCAGAAAAUGUAGAACAGAGCUCACAAAGGCUACAGGAGUUUCGACAACUGACUGCUGAGGUACAAGCUUUAGAAAAAAACAUCCAGGAUACAAGCAUGGAGUCGGAACAUGCCUUGCACCAAAUACAACACAGUACAAAACAAAAUGCCUUUCAAAGACAAUGGAACCGUGAGAGUAAAUCCAUUGGUGUUGGUGCAGAUGAGAACAUGAAUGAUGUAGUAAUUUACAGGAAGUUGCCUGGACAUAGCAAAGAUGUAGCUGUAGGGACCGAGCAGGACACAAGGAGCACAGGAGUUGGGGUCACUGAGGCCAUGCUGGGCAUGAGUACUGAGGCUGAGGCUGAAAUUGAGCUACAGCACCAAACCAUUGAGGCCCUUAAGGAGAAGAUCUACAGAUUAGAGGUACAGCUGAAAGAGACCACUCAUGAAAUGGAGAUGGGCAAACUUAAGCUCGAGCUUCAGGUGGCUGGCUCAAGGAAGAAACUGGAUAAGGGUUCAAUGGCAAAACCUGAAAUGUACAGUACUUCAGUAGAGGCCAAGGUCUUCACAAACAGUCAAGGUGUGGGAAACCAUGCAGAAUGUGAUAUCAGCAGAGGUCAUGUACCACAGACACACAGUGUUGCUGUCUGUUGUAAACCAGACUCAAAGCAUGUUGCCGUGGGUCCGGAUUUGACAAUGGAUAGAUGGGUUGUCCAAGAACGUGUGGAGGUUCAGGAUAAGUGUGUUGGACAGGUGGUUAUUAUGUGCCAUCAGAAAGUGGGGGUAGAAACAAGUAAGUGUGAGGUGGGAGUCAACACAAAGUUGGCUAUGGAAAGUUUAGACCUUUUCAGGACUAGGUCUGAACUGACAAAAGAAUUCAAGUCCAUUGGAUGUGGUGAUUGCACAGUGGACGUAUUGGUUAGUCCCAUUAAGAAGGUAUUGUCAAAAAGCACAGAGACAGACACUGUGAGUAAAAUGGACUCCGCUGUAAUGGUAGUACCUACAGUGUUUUCUCAACAGACACAUACCGAAAUGAAUACUGUAGAUAACUUUACAAACACAGAGUACAAAGUUUAUACUGAUUCUUGUGUUAACACUCAACAAAAUUCUGAAGACAAGCAAACAUGUACAGUACCAUUGGACACUCGCACUGUCGCUGUUGGCGAUGGACUUGUAAAAGAUAUACAGGCCACAGUAAAGUCUCGCUCCAUUGCAGUGGGAACCACAGGUUCAGAUGAGACUAACGAAAAGGUGACCUGUUCCAAAACGAAAGAAAGUGGAGUUGGACUUAUUAGUAUAGAUGAGAACUUUUUGGUGGGUCUUAAAACACGGAGCAUAGCAUGUGGCCCUUUUCUACCCCUAAACCAAGAAGUGGAGAAAAGUGUGACAGUUGAGCAAAGUAUUGCUGCAGAGGCCGUCAAUUCAGAAAACAAGGCUGGUCCUCGGUUUGACUUGGAUCAUUAUAUAGAGAGAGUGCAGAAGCUACUUCAGGAGCAACAGAUGUUGCUCGCUGAGAAUUACAGUGAGUUGGCAGAUGCAUUUGGUCCACCACAACAGUCCCAGUUCAACUCUAUCAACAGUGAGUUGGUAACCACUCUGUCAUCCAUCAACUCAGUAAUGAAGUAUGGCAGCAUUGAAGAUCUCAACAACAUGGACCUUUGGAAUCUGCAAGCAGACUCUGGAAAUGCCCGAAAAGACUCUCAUAUCGCCAGCUCUCAAGAGGUCACUCACACAGCGCGUGUGUGUGCUGAGGAUACAGUGACCAAUGAGCAGUGUGCCGCUUCAAAAAAGAGCCAUAUGGACCAGCAAAUGUCCACGGCUCUACAUGGAAGCCAGAGCGCCCUGAAGUCCAUCAUGAAGAAGAAAGAUGGCCGUCAGGGUACCAACAGCACCAAAAAGAACCUGCAGUUUGUUGGUGUGAAUGGAGGGUAUGAAUCAACAUCAAGCGAUGACUCCAGCUCAGAAGAGAGCAGCUCUUCAGGAUCUGAGGGGGAAGAGGAUGAAAUGGAGAGUCUGGAAAAAAAUAUAAAGGAGGGGAGGAAUGAUCAGUUCAGUAAUGAGAGAGCAGAGGAGGUAAAGACAGAUGCGGAAAGUUCUGGCCAGGAGAAUCAGGAGACACGAGAGAGGUAUGAACUGAGUGAAAAGAUGCUGUCCGCAUGCUAUGUUCUUAAAACCCACCUGAGCGACCCCAAGGCGUUAUCCAGUAAAGAUUUGAGGACAUGCAUGAACACGGUGCAGCAUGAGUGGUUCCGUGUGUCCAGUCAAAAGACCGCAGUAGCAGCUAUGAUGGAGGACUACCUAAACGCUUUCCGUAACAUCUCGCCCUCCCUGCUGCAGCACGUGGUCAACAUGGCCGACGGAAACGGCAACACCGCCUUGCACUACAGUGUUUCCCACUCCAACUUUCACAUUGUCAGGAAACUGCUGGAUGCGGAUGUCUGCAACGUCAAUCAGCAGAACAAGGCAGGCUACACUCCCAUCAUGCUAGCUGCAUUAGCUGCUGUUGAGGCCCCAAAAGACAUGAGGGUGGUGGAAGAGCUGUUCAGCAAAGGGGACGUGAAUGCAAAAGCCAGCCAGGCUGGUCAGACAGGGCUGAUGCUGGCAGUCAGUCAUGGACGGAUGGACAUGGUAAAGGCACUGCUAGCUUGCGGUGCAGACGUCAACAUCCAGGACGAUGAGGGUUCCACUGCACUCAUGUGUGCUAGUGAGCAUGGCCACGUGGAAAUAGUCAAGCUGCUCCUGGCCCAACCAGGCUGUGACGCCACACUUCAUGACAAUGAUGAAAGUACUGCUCUGUCCAUUGCUCUGGAAGCUGGACAUAAAGACAUUGCAGUGUUGCUGUAUGCCCAUGUCAACUUCUCCAAAGCACAGUCACCAGGAACACCUCGACUUAGCAGGAAGACUUCUCCAAGUCCUACUGGAAAGGGGCAUGUUUGAUUAGACAAGCCCUUUUACUUUUUUUUUUUUUUUUUUCUCUGCUGCUAAUAAAAGUUUAUAUGUGCCUAGCAUUCUUAGCGAGCAACUCCUCAAACUCUGGAGAAAAGACUCAAAAACCAUCAAAACCCUGAUGCCCCGAAUUCAUCAAGGACUGUGAAUGGACAUUUAUUCAGCACUUUUCUGCCUAUUGUGUCAUGUUCUCUUUUACUAUAAAUUUGUCAGUGGGUUUCUGUUUUUUUUUUUUGGUCAUACAAAAUAGGUAUCACAGGUUUCACAGUACAUUUUUAUUUUGUUCCUAAAAUCACAAUCAAGCAAAGCACAUUGAGGGGUUUUGAUAGCAACUGGAACAUGGUCACAAUGUUAAUUCACAUCAUUGUAGGUAUUAAGGUUCUCCUUCAUGUGUCCACUGUGUAUCUACAGAUUACUUUGUUUUUAAUCAGGAAUCAAUUCUGCGAUAUCUGAGACAAGCUGAAGUCGAAGCUUUAUAUUUAUAUUCUGUAUAUAUGACUCGCAGUAAAGUCCCAGUGUCCCUGUAGACAUAGUGUGGCAGGUCGGACUACAAAAAUCAGACAAUAUUUUAAACGUUGCAGUAAAUAUCUAGAUUAAACACAGUCUUUACGUUUAUACUUGUCAUUUUUAUUUAAUAAUCACAGUAUUUACCAAAUUACUAUCACAUCCUAACGGAACAUGAAGUUAUAUAUAUUUAUCGAUUAAAGGUUUUAUUAAAAAGAAUUGUAUUUUCAUGGUAUGUAAAUGUUUACAGUACAUGGUUAUAUUAGGCUUGAUUCCCUUUUGUCAAAUAAACUUGUAUAAGACUUUAUGGUACUUUUCUCGAAAAGUCAGUGUUUAUAGUUCGUAUCACUUUCCAAGUAAUAAAAUUAUCUAAAAUAAAA